AUAGAGGGGGGAGUUUGAGAGAGGGAGAGAGAGAGAGCGACUAAAGCCAGCGAGAGGGAGCUGGGGAACGUUGGAGCGGACUGGACAGAUGCUGGUACCCCUAUGGUCCAGGGCCAGGCGAGCAACAUGGAGGAGCAGCAUCAAGUCCAGCACAGCUUCUUCAAGAAGGUGGACGUCCCAGACCAUGUCCACUACAUCGUGGCCUUCUUCGUGUGUAUCAUUGGAACACUGGGGGUGACUGGGAAUGCAUUGGUCAUGUUCGCUUUCUGGAGUAAUAAGAAACUGCGUAAUCUGCCCAACUACUUCAUCAUGAACCAGGCAGUGAGCGACUUCCUCAUGGCUUUCACACAGUCGCCCAUCUUCUUCAUUAACUGUCUCUAUAAAGAGUGGAUUUUUGGCGAGUACGGAUGCAAAAUGUAUGCCUUCUGUGGGGCUCUCUUUGGCAUCACCUCCAUGAUCAACCUGUUGGCUAUCUCCAUUGACCGCUACCUGGUCAUCACCCAGCCCCUCAAGGCCCUUGGUCGGUCGUCAAGGCGUCGGACCACCCUGGCAAUACUAAUGGUGUGGCUUUACUCUUUUGCCUGGAGUUUUGCCCCACUCAUUGGCUGGAGCUCCUAUAUCCCAGAGGGCCUCAUGACUUCCUGCACUUGGGAUUAUGUCACAUACACGUACGCCAACCAGAGCUACACCAUGAUGCUGUGUUGUUUUACCUUCUUUAUCCCACUGGGAGUCAUCUUCUACUGCUACCUCUUCAUGUUCCUGGCUAUCCGCACUGCCAGCAGGGAAGUGGAGAACUUGGGGACACAGGUGAGGAAAUGCACACUGAUUCAACAGAAGAGCAUCAGGAAUGAGUGGAAGCUGGCCAAAAUCGCCUUUGUGGUCAUUGUUGUGUAUGUGCUGUCCUGGUCGCCGUAUGCCACCGUCACCAUGAUCUCCUGGGCAGGACACGCUAACAUUCUAUCACCCUACUCCAAAGCCGUGCCUGCAGUUAUAGCAAAAGCCUCUACCAUCUACAACCCUUUUAUUUAUGCCAUUAUACACACAAAGUACAGGGCCACAUUGGCAGAGAAGGUACCUUGUUUGAGAUGUCUGUCACCGAGAAAGGACAAAAAGGACUUCAACAGCGAGUCAUCCUUCCGAGAUUCCACUAUCAGCAGGCAGUCGUCCGUCUCAAGGACCCAUUUCUGCGCCACAUCCUCCAUCUCCUCCAGUAUGGUGUUUGGGGAUGUGGUGCUGGAUCCUCCAGAGCGUAACGACUCCUCCUUCAGAAGCACCUCGUCCUUUAAAAUGCCCAAAGACAAAUGUUGCAAGACCAAGAUUAUUUGUGCUGCAGAGAAGCCCAGCCACGCACUGAAGGAGUCUAUGAGCGCCAGUGAACACGAGGUAGUGUCUGGCUCCAUCUGCAUGGCAGUCGCCCCCCUGCUGCUCUUAUCAAAGAGGAGCCAGAGUGUCCAGCUAACCAACGGAGGAGAGACGACAAAGAGCGAAAGCGGCAGCGGACGCAGGAGCACCUUGGACUCCCCUAGUUUACGAGCCCAGCUUUCUCACAUCUCCAGUAUCCCGCAAAUCAUCAUCAGCCCAACGUCGGAGAGCAGCUUAAUAUCAGAUGACAACAUGUCCUUAGUGGAGAAGCAGGGAGCCAUGAUGAGUCACGAGGAGGGAGAACUGCUGGUGGGCCUGCGGAGCUGUUCUUCAGAGCUACUGGAGUCAGUGGAAAGAUUCCUCUCCUGAGUUCACAUACAAACUCUAAACUCUUUGUCUGUGUCCCAAAUGGCAUCCUUUCUUUCCUUCUUCUUCUCUUUUCUAAUACUGAUCCAACCAAUCCAUUCCACCCAGCCUCUUUUUUUAAACAGACUUUGAGAAGGAGACCAAGCUAAGCCCUAGGCAAGAUCUGUCUGUGCUUCAAUGAACAGAAGGGAGACAGAAACCCAGGAAGGGCUGGUUCUGGUGUGCUCUGGUCACAAGAAAGUGUUGCCGGGUAGAAAGGAAUAUUAAAAACCACCUGAUUCAUCCCCAGCCACCGUGAUUAACAUCCUACUUUCUGCUGUUUGUUAUCAUGGCACCCUUCAUUCAGAGGAUCUAUGAUGGUAUAGUGGUUCCAUAAUGUAUAUUGAAUAAGAAAGAAGGCCUUUAUAGUAGCAAAUAGAACUAACAUCCUCAUGCCAAUGGACCAAUGUUGGUGAUGAGUGUUAAUGAGCUAUGGACAUUAAAGUCACAAUCUGAAGUCUGUUUUAAAAUAAUAAUAAGUUGAAUUUAUAACACACAUUUCAUUUAAAAAACAAUCUCUAAAUAAAAACAAGAGACAUAGACAAAAAAGGACACAUCUAGACAGGGCAACUGACACAAAGAACAAAGCUCACGCUAGAAAGGGCCAGGACAACAAGCAACGCAGCUAUAUCUAGGAGGGUGUUGAAGCCAUUGAAAGGGGAGGGCGUAGCUAAAUGUGACCACUCCCAAAAUUCAUGGGGUUAUGGUCUGACGGUCCAUGAGAUCAACAUGAUGGUUUUAAAUAUAUUUUGAAGAUACACAUUGUUACAAACAAAUGCUCAAAUGGAACCAAAAAAACAUGAACAAUGGGGUAAUUUUACUUUAGAUUUGGGUUAAGAUAGGUGAAGUCAGCUGUAGUGAGCUCACAAAAAAUAAAUUAAGCAACUCGCAAAAGUUCUAUUCUUCCAUAAUCACCGGGCAGAGUUCAUUGAAUUGACUAUUGAACAUUAGGACAUGAAUCACAGAUUUGGCCUUUAAUGGACAUUCCAGAAUCUAGACAUUUGGAAAAGAAGGCACACAACAAAAUAAUUCCGGUCAAACUUCUUCCCUGUAUCCGAUUGGCUAUAGGAUCUUAUGUGCCCAUUGCAUUGAGUUGGUUGAUCACAGCUUCUUUUAUCACACGGGCAGUGAUGUAAUCAUCGAUCCUGACUCCUGUUUAUUUAAAGUCAUUUUGCUACAUUUUCACUUGUUGCACAUUUUGUUGUCACUAUUGUCCAUUUUGUUGGUGUGGUUAUGUUUCUUGAUAAUAUCGUUGGAUCAUUUUUAUUUGUUUGCUUUGAGAUUUGUCUGCCCUACUGAUGUUGCUGGUCGUCCCCUUUCAAGGUUUUGUGAAGAGAAAAACAACAACAACAUCGUAUUACUAUUAUUAGUAAAAGCUCUAAGUGAAAUCUGAAAAUAUAUAAAGAGGAAAAUGGCAAGCAUUGGGAAUAGCACUGAAUGUAGAAAUACACAAAAUAUUAUGGUUCUGUGCAGUACUGGAAAUCUACCAAAUUUGACAAAAUGUGCUGUUAUCAUUGAUUAAGUGACUUGACUAGGUUCUGGACACCCAACCCUAAACAAAGCAUCAUCUUUUGAUGGCUCCUAGUCAACAAUGCUUUGGUUAUGUUUAUGAGUGUUGAUGGUGAUUGUGUUGGUUAAGUCGAUCCUCAUUGGCCAAUGACCUGAAUCACAACCGAUUUAAUCCUUCCAGAUAACAGGCCUCAGACAGCUUGCUGUUCCCCACGCUUCAAUGCACCAUAUUGCCCUCCUCUCUAAACGCACACACACACACACACACACACACACACACACACACACACACACACACACACACACACACACACACACACACACACACACACACACACACACACACACACACACACACACACACACACACACACACACACACACACACACACACACACACUUUCAAGUGAAUAUCUUUCUUACCUAAAUUGGAGAGAAACUCAAUCACCAGGACUAGGGUUUUAAAGGUCCAGAGCAGUCAAAAUUCAGUUUAUCCUGUAUUUCGUAUCAUAAUGGUCAACAGCUGAUGAAAUGAACACUGUAAAAAACAUUGUGUGAAAAUCACUGUAAAAAUCAAACACUUUUUUAAAAAAUCAGUAGUAUUUCCUGAUAGUUGCUGGUUGAAUAUAGAAUCUACACUUGGACCUUUUAAUCAGCACGUUAGCAUGGGCAGGAGUUUCGUCUUUCCAUGGUGACAUCACCAAUGCGGUAAAUUGGACCAAUAACAAAGAGAGUUCCAAACCUCUCUGCCAAUAACAGCUAGUUGUCAGUUUUCCCCUCCCCACUCAGACCACUCACACACAGUCCUACAUUUUAAAAAAUGAUUGCUUGAGAAAUAUAUAUUUUUUUCACCCAUUUUAAUGGAAAUCUAUUACAAUAAAGUUCUUCAUUGUUACCCAGAAAUGAUUUGAUAUUAAUAUAAAAACAGCUGCAUUGGACCUUUAAGUGAAGCCAUAAAAGCAGAAAGUAAAAAAAAAAAUAUAUAUAUAUUUCCCUUUGUUUUGUAUUGAUUUGAUCAUGUUUUACCUGUCUUGAAUCAAUGGUUCUGUCUUGUAUCACUCAAGGGACAGUGUUUGAAUGUAUGAUGGACAGGGUCCAAAAUGUGGUGUUAAUGUCACACCAUUAGUUGCUUGUUGAGGAGAGUGUCGAUUACAUGGGUUGCGACAAGGACAUACUGGCCCGUAUCUACAGUAGGAUCAGGUCCACCCCUGUCCAUUUAAUGUUAUCUAUUCAGAUCUAAAAGGCUAAACUCAACCUAUUGUAGAUCAGCACUUAUACUCAUGAGAUGCUUUAUGAAUAAGGGCCAUUGAGAUCAGAUGGGAGAGAAAUGCAGAAAUGGACAUUCUUGCCACUAGAGGGUUGUAGAUACCCAUAUACCUUAUAGUCAUCCUUUUAUCUGACGGCGAAGUCGAAGAGCUCGACAAAAAUGUACUUGGAAGACUGUUAUUAACACACCUAUACCAACGUAAAAUAUACUGUGUGAACCUGUGUCUGUCUUUCAACCAACCAAUGACUGAAUUAAAUAAUCAGAUCAAAUCUC